GCCGUGAGACCAGGCUACCCCUGCACCUCACAGGGGAAGGCCUCGAGCCCUGCCUCCAACUCAGCUCUGAGGAACUGGACAUGGGGAAAGUUUUGGUUGGAGAAGCCUUACAGCUACGAGGCAAUGCUGGUUAACAAAGGAGCUAUUGAUGCUCCCUUUGAGCUCAUCCCUCCAACCACAGCCCAUGGCUCCUGCUUCACCUUUCGGCCCCAGCAGGGCAUCAUUCCACCCAGUGGGCUCCAGCCUAUCCAGAUCUCCUUCAGUUCCACCACCCUGGGGGAGUUCAAGGAAGAAUUCCAUUUCAAUGUGGCUGAAUGCCCUAAGCCUGUGACCUUGACUAUCAGGGGCCACGUCACCGGACUGAGCCUGCAUUUCAGCACAGGUGGCCUUGACUUCAAUGACGUCUCCUUUGGCUUUCCUCAGACCUUGUCGUGCCACCUGAUCAGCACCUCCGUGGUGCCCAUCACCUUCCACCUUCGCAUCCCUGGGGACGGCCAGGGACAGCCCAGCCUUAGGAGCUCUGAUCAAGUGAAAGACAACGCUCACCCCUCCUGGGAAAAAGGCACACUGGCUCCAUGUCAGCCAAUGGAGUUCACCAUAACACCCAGCACAGGGACCAUCCCUUCCCAGGGAUCCCAGGAGAUCAGGGUAUGGGAGGAGUCUGGCCACACAUGGGUCAGUAGGUGGGGCUGAAGCCUCACUGGGCUGUGGGAGGGCUUUAGUGCUGUCGGCUCUCAGCAUGUGCAAGGGAGGGAUCUGCAGUGGUGUGGGAGC